AUGGCGAGCUGCACGCUGUUUCUCGAGCAGUAUGUGGAGAGCACCAACACGCUGCCCUCCGAGCUGCAGCGCAUCCUGGCGACCAUUCGCUUCCUGGAUGAGAAGUCCAAUGCGUUGAGGGUGGCGGUGGCGGCGCAGACGGAGGCGCUGGUGGCGAUGCCGGUGCAGGGGCAGCGCUCGCCAGAGGAGGAGCAGCGCUUUAAGGAGCUGUCGUCCCAGGUGUCCAGCAUGCAGCAGCAGCUGCUGCAGUUUGCGGAGGAGAAGGUGCAGCUUGGACAGCAGGCCAACGACCUGCUGCAGAUGCACAACGAGGAGCUGGAAAAGGUGGGGGCCCAGGCUCCAUGGCUGCGGCAGGGACGCGCCGGCCGCCGCCGCGCGAUCUGGCCUGAUCCGACCUGA